AUGUCAAGAAUUCAAGCAAUAACAGACAGAAUCGAUUUUGAAAGCAGAUUUCCGAAGAGACAGCUUCCUCUACUCACGAAAACCGACUCGUACUCGAGCACUUUCGAUCUUUGCCCUUUGGUUUCACGACCAGAGACUCCUAAUUGGAAGCAAGUCCAAAUUCAAAUCGAAAACACGCCACUUAUUCAAUCAAAACCGGUAAAAUUCACAAUAGACAUGCGGAGCGUUUGCGCUAUCAUUAUUCUGGCCUCUACUUUGUAUUCUCUCUAUUAUCUACUGUCGCUGGUGAAUGGAGAGUCUCUCAACACGCAUUGGUAA